AUAAACAGACAGCUGACACCCCAUCCUUUCUGUGAUGUUAAUGUUCACUGUUGUUGCCCUUUGGCCUCAUAAACAGAGCUGCACCCUGUACUGGUUAUACCGGCAUAUUCCCCUCUUCUGUGUGCCUGUCACUGUGAUCGUUAUGCCCUGUUUUUACAUGUGUAUCACAUUAUAAGGGCAUGUAAUUAAUGGUACGAAAACCUCACUUUCCAUUGCAGAUAUUAUUUUUGUCCCGAUUCACUGCACUCAUAGCACUGGCGUUGUCCUGGAGCACAGCAGGAAGAAUGCCAGGGAAGCAGACAGGCAGAUGAACCGUGGUGCUUGAUUGUGACAUUCCCCCAUCUGAUGAGGUUCCUCUUUUUGCUGAAACUCUGGUGUUACCUCCUCUUUCACAGUGAUGAGGGGAUUGUAAGGCGUAGAGAGGAGGUGGAGUGGAGGGAGAUUUUAAUGUGAGGAGAGAGGAAGUCUGAAAGCAUGGGCUGGCACCAAGCAAUGAAAUGGACACUGUACAUGCUGGACGUUUUGAACAAGGGCAGAUUUACUGAAUUAUCAUCACUGACUGCAGCCGCCCGACUCUCCCUGCCAGUACAGAUGGCAGCCCCCCACCCCACCAAGAAAAAACUAACCACCAUAAUAUCAAUAGCAAAAUACCCUGAGGUUGACCACAUGAUCUGACGGGCUCGAAACAGAAAGCCACUUGAUGAUCUCAGAUUAUUUACUUUUUUUUUUAAGCAAAAAGUCCAUAUUUGGUCUGGGACUUUCUGGUGGUGAUAAUGACAGUUAAAAUGCAAGUCGGCUCCUGAAGCUUAUGGGAAAUCUGUGAAGUCUGACAGUACUCUUGGGAUAAGUUUUAAUGUAUCAUGAAAGCGAUGUCUACAUACUGAUCACGUAUAAUGUGUAGGCUGUCAGAUGGUGCGCAGUCACUGAGUACAGGAAUUAAAGCAAGGCUCCGCUGUGGACAGCUGCCACACAAAACCUUUCCAGAUCCAAAGCAACUGGCAGGAUUUAAACUGUUAGAAAUCAUUCAAAUCAUUCUGUUCAGACUGUGAAUUCACACAUGAAAUUUGUUUAGUCUGUAGUAACAUAGUACACAUAAAUGGGAAAAUUCCAGGUCGCAAUUGUGUUUGUACAAUAUGUUUUUCUCAAAGGAGAAUCAGUCAGACAUCUUGCUGGUUUGGAUGUUUUUUAAGAGAUAGACUUUGAAGUGCUGCCAAUGUCUGUCACUGAAUGAGUAGGUGGUCUGGUACCUGACUGAUUUUCCGAGAGGCUUCUUUUCACCCCUAAGUGCCCUAGAAGGUCCCUUCCAAUGAUGAUGCAGGAGGUCUCCCACUUAGAAAUGAGUCCUGGUAAAGAUGGGUGGAGGGUGUGUACCGUGUAGACAUGGGGUCUACAUUUCGGCAACGUGUUUUGCAAAAGCUCUUACGAGCAGUUCCAUGGGCGUCUAACCAACCACAGACUAUAAAGGGGCCUUUCUACAGAGAGCAGUAAACUGUGAUUGGCUGCUGGUCGGGGACCAUUAAACUUGCAGGGGCUCAGGCAUCACAGUGGUGAAUAGAUGCCUGUGUGUAGCUGGUUGACUGCGCCGAGCUGUCGAGAGGAUGGUCUCCUCCUCGUCUAUAUCGCCAGUGCUGCUGCUAUUGGUUGUGCACAUCAUCCCUGUCUCCCCCGUCGGAGAUGAGAGGUCCCCGGGGAAGAAUAGGAAGAGGGUCCCUCCCGUCUUACACACAGAGCCCCCAGUGCUGGACCCCAUCAAGGAGGCUUAUGCCUACUGCAACAUCCCAAAUCGCACAGAGCGAGGCUGGGAGGGCCACAGCCCAGCCGACUACGAGCUGCUGUCAGUCCAGGUGAUGAUUCGCCAUGGCGACCGGUACCCGCUCUACGCCAUUCCCAAAACCAAAAGGCCUGCCGUUGACUGCAUGCUGGUGCCCUACAGGAGCCCCUCCCACCCACUGCUGGCCACUUUUAUCAAUCACAUGUCUUGGGGAGGGCGUGGACGCUGGGACCCCACGUUGAGCGCCCUGCCCCGCCUCCCCAGUCACAGCAUGUGUGAGAUGGGGGAGCUCACACAAACGGGCAUCGUGCAACACCUGCGAAAUGGACAGCUCCUGCGUGACGCCUACAUGAAGCGGCACAGGCUGCUGCGGCCCGGCUGGACGGCCCGGCAGCUGUACGUGGAGUCGACGGGCAAGAGCCGCACGCUGCAGAGCGGCCUGGCUCUGCUGUACGGCCUGCUACCGGACUUUGACUGGGCCGAGGUGCUGGUGCAGCAUCAGGCCAGCACGCUCUUCUGCGGGGCUCACUGUGACUGUCCCGCCCGGAACCGCUACCUGGAGGAGGAGCAACGGCGGCAGUAUCGACUCCGCGUGGCGGACACCGAGCUGGACCGCACGUACGCGGACAUGGCGCGGAUGGUGGGCGUGGCCCCGCGGCAGCUACGUGCCGCCAACCCUGUCGACUCUCUGACGUGCCACCUUUGCCACGGCCUGAGCUUCCCAUGUACUGCGCAGGGCUGCCUAUCGCCACGGCAACUGGCCAUAAUCAAGCGGCAGCAGCUGGAGGAUGAGGAGGACCGGCGUCGCCAGGGGCUAUACCACCGCUACGCGCUGCUGGCUGCGCACCCCUUCCUGAACCGUACGGCGGGGUGCAUGCUGCGCGCUGCAGAGGGCCGCGAUGGCGGGGAGGCGCUGGCGGUCUUCUCGGCACACGAUGUGACGCUGGUGCCGCUGCUGAGCGCGCUGGGGCUGGCCAAGGCCCGCUUCCCGCGCUUUGCCGCGCGCCUGGUAUUCGAGUUGUGGCGGAUCCCACCGCAGCCCCGGCAGGAAGAUGGCAGCUCAGAGCGCCAGCGGCUGUUCGUGCGCAUACUCUAUGAUGGCGAGGACGUCACCUUCCAAACCGCCUUCUGCCAGUCUCGCGAGCGCCACCCUGGCCAGCCCCUGUGCCCCUUUGACAACUUCCUGUCGUUUGUUCGCAGGGAUAUGUUCAGGACCCUCAACGCCACCAGCUACCAGGAGGCCUGCCACAGGCGGCCCGUCUAACGGGGGUUACCUGUCCCCAAAGUGUCCCAACCUGUUACUUCCUUUUUGUCGCAGUAGCAUUAGCUGUGACUCACGCUCUAUUGCUACAAAAAAACCUUCUGUAAAGUCAUGAUUCUUCCCUUCAAAAUAUAAUUUUGUGUGCAUUACUUUGUGCAUGUGUGUGUAUAAUACAUACAGUGGUGGCCAAAAUUAUUAGAACACUUGCCAUUUUUAAGAGGUCUCAGUUGUUUUUGUUGAAGUGGCCAUUAAAAUAUCCAUAAAACGAAUGAAUUCUAAAAAGUCAUCAUCAUGCUGUAUAAACCAUAGAAUAGAGCCACCAUAAGGAAAUUUAGGUCAUGUUCCUUACAAAAAACAAGCUAGGCUUAUUUCACUGUCAAUGGCACACAAUCAUGUUUCUUCACAGAAGAAGCCAAAUUACUUGUUUAAUCACUGUCAGGUGUGAUCAUGGUUGCACUGAUGGUGAAUCAAGAGUCUUACAGCUGAGUGAUUCUUUUGAAUGUACAAGGUCUAUCCUGCUCAUUAAGUGAUUGGUAACAUCAGGGUUUGUCACUGAGGCCGACCACCAGUUGGUAUAAAUUCAAAGCCUCUAUUAGUAGUCCUGAAGCACAUGUUGCUCUUCUUUGAACAUAGCUAAGGUGAAGAAGGAGCUAACGAGUUCGAUUAAAGGCCCUUCUUGAUGCUGGCUGGAGUUACCGCCGCAUAGCCAAGGACUUGAGAUGCAGUCCAAGCACUACAAAGUACACUUUAGACUGCCAUGAUGCCCCCAAUUCACACUAGAACCGAAAGGGAAGAGGGAGGAAAAAGAAACUUUGAGACAGACAAAUGAAGCAUCUAAAAAUUUUCAGUCUUAAGGACAGAAGAAAGACCUCACGAGAACGGCGUGACGAGAUCAACACCACAAUGACUAAUGGUGCAUCAGUGUCCUCAAGAACUGUGUGUCGGAGACUGGGAGAAGAAGGACUUGUUGGCAGAAUAGCAGCAUAGAAACCAUUUUUGAGAGAGAACAAUAUAGUGAAAUGCCUGAAAUUUGCAAAAGAACACAAGAAAUGGAAAAAGGAAGAUUGGUAUAAAGUGUUGUGGACUGAUGAUUCCAAGUUUGAACAGUUCGGCGACAAGCAAAGAGUGUAUGUUUGACGGAGGAAGUGGGAGAGAUAUAAAAAGGAGUGUCUCUUGCCAACAGUUAAACACGGAGGGGGUAGUAUUAUGGUGUGGGGUGCUAUUUCAGCCUCAAGAACAGGUGACUUAGUGAAGAUUGAUGGCAUCAUGGAUAAGAAAGUAUACCACAACAUUCUGGUGAGGCAUGGAGUACCAUCUGAUAGUCAUCUUAUUGGGCCUGGAUUCAUUUUCCAAGAGUACAGUGACCCUAAACAUUCUUCUAACUAUUGCCGGAACUACCUGCGACAGGAGUAGUCUGCUGGAAUACUGAAAAUGAUGGACUGGCCCCCUCAAAGUCCAGACCUCAACCCCAUCAAGCAAAUUUGGGGCGAGUUGGAAAAUAACCUGGACAGAUCUAUUGUACAUUCAAAAGAAAGCCUUUGGCUUGAGUUGCAGAAGGCAUGGGAUAACGUUAGUGUUGAAGUUCUCAGGAAAUGCACUGACACUAUGCCAGAGAGAUGUUCAAUUUCAAUUUCAAAAAACUUUAUUUGUCCCCGAGGGGCAAUUUAAAAGGCAUAGAGGAGCAACGCGCACAAAUAACAGUAGUAACAUUAAACGCAACCGAUGACACACAGACACACAAUAAACUAUGAACAUAAUAAAUGACUUAAAGUACAGAGGCAAUAGUAUGCAUGAUGAUGAAAGUGGGGAAAAAAAAAAAAAAGAUGUGCUGCCGUAAUUGCAGCAAAAGGUGGACACAACAAAUAUUAAAGUUAAAAGUGGAUAAAAACAGUAGGACUCACUUCAUCUGAUAUUUGGUGUACUCAGCAAAACCAUCUGCAUAUUUCAUGAACAUUAUGAAAUGAAAUCAUGUUUUGGAGGCAAAAAAGGUCAAUAUUUUCAGAUCUGUCAGGUGUUCUAAUAAUUUUGGCCACCACUGUACAUACAUAUACGGCGUAUGUAAAUGACAUGCCAUGUUCAUUAAGUUAUAUAUGUUUGUUAGAUUAUAUUCAUAUAUGUCGUGUGUGUCACUAGUCACUUUGGAUUUUAAAAGGAAACUUCACUUUAAUAAUAACUGAACAGGGGACUUGUUUAAGCAAGACUCAUUUCUGAACAGACCUUGUGCCGUUUGUCAAGCCAGAGUUCAGCACUACUGAGAUUAAUCAGUAACUCGCAUGCAGGGUGAACAUGUGCUAAAUUAACAGUUAAAGGUUUUCUAUUACUCAUAGAUAAUCUGAUUUCCAGUAGAUGAUACAAUGUAAAUACCAACAUGGUGCUGUUUCAGGAGAUCUCCCGAAGCUUCUGCCACCUUUUGUGGAGGGAGUACUCAGAAGUGGGUUGGCAUUAAAAGCUGCGUUUAUUAACCUGGUCAGGUAAUUAAUGAGAUUUUAAAUAGUGGAAAACUGACUGUCCUCGGUGUGAUUUUUUUUGCACAAGUUGCCAUGGAAGCAGGGUUUGUUUACUUCUUCAGACACUAAAGGAAGGUACAGACGUUCCUCUACUGUAUAAAUGCAGAUAUUUUCUCAAGAUAUUUUCUAUAGGUGAAUUAGUUUUAAUACAUAUUUUAAGCAAAUCUAGUGUUGAACAUGAAGGUGUUUUACUAUUUUGCAAUUUGUAUGUGUCCAAUCUACAGAUGUUUAUUUUAGUGCAGUCAAUUCGUGAACAUUUCCCAGUAAAUAAAAGUUUAUGAAGGUCCCCCUGAUAAUUCUGCUAUUUUUAUGGCUGUACCAUCUUUCUAAUCAUAGUAUAGGGUAUGGUGUUUUGUAAACCAUGUUAUUACGAUUUAAAAAUCUAUACAUCGAUGUAUUUUGUGUGUACAAGGGUUUGCUGAGAUGAAAAAAAGGUGUAAAAUUUCAUAAUGUAUACUUAAAUAAAUAUUUUUUUUUCCAUAUUUAA